AUGAAACCUGUCGCUGGCAUUUCACCGAAAACGGCGCUUUUCACUGGAAGCCGGCGCUGGCCCGUCGCCGACGGCGAGGCCAGCGGGGAGAAAUCGCCCAGGGAGUUAAUCUUACGCGUGAUUAUUUUGAAAUUGCCCGCCACUGCUGUUUGUCAAGAGCUAGCUGAAGCCCUCCUGAGCGUUGAGAUCUGCCUUGAAAUAGGAUCUGGAUCUGGCGUGGUUUCAACAUUUCUAGCUUCUUCCAUUAUUGGAUCCAGCGCACUGUACAUAUGUACAGAUAUCAACCCGAUGGCAGCUUACUGUACACUGGAGACAGCUCUGCUUAACAACGUUCACCUUCAGCCAGUCAUUACUGACUUGGUCAAAGGACUGUCUCCAAGAUUAAAUGGGAAGGUUGAUCUACUGCUAUUUAAUCCACCGUACGUGGUAACACCUUCUGAAGAGGUGGAAAGCCACGGAAUAGAGGCAUCCUGGGCUGGUGGCAAAAAGGGCAGAGAAGUAAUGGAUAGAGUUUUUCCAUUAGUACCAGAACUACUUUCGCCAGGAGGAUUAUUCUACUUGGUCACAAUUAAAGAAAAUAAUCCAGAUGAAAUCCUGGAAACAAUGAAGAAAUGUGGCUUAGAAGGCACAAGAGUACUUUCCAGGCAAGCGGGACAAGAGAUGCUUACUAUCCUCAAAUUUAGGAAGUCUUGAUAACUGCUCUUACUAGGCAUGCAGAAAGUUGAACGCAGAGCACUGAAGUUGUCAAAUCAAUUUUUAAGCCAAGAUUUUCACCCUCUUAAGGUGCAUCCUCAUUUCCCGAUUACUGCAGUGAAACUGAUCAAGACUAUUUUUAUUCUGGACGUUAACCAGCUAUUAUCUGUUGUCAGAGGUACGGUUGUCCUCUGGCUCUCCACAGCACAGAUGUGAGGGAACUGUGAAAUACCCUACCUUGUUGCAUUUGCACUUAAGCACUAAAGACUUUUUCCUCUAUGAAUAAGUAUUUGUAUAUUUGUCAUUGUGGCUUAUUAAAACAAUGUACU